CUUUUUCUUUCUGGUGACUUGUCAAAGACCUCCCCUGCAGUGGACUGUACAUAUUGCUUCUGCCACAGCAUCUCUUCACGCGUACUUUGUGACAUCUGUUCCGGCCGGGAUUCUUUCGUCCCCGCUUUUGUCCCUCCGCCGAUUGUUUACCGACCGGGCAACCUCGGUCGAAACGAAGCGAAGCGCUUUCCACGUUUCGCACCGCGUGCAUGCGCUUAACGAUCGCUACGAAGCGUUCUUGAGCCUUUUUUCUUCUGUUCGAUCUUUUUUCUUUUUUGGCAGUCUUUACACCCAUGAGUGGCUCGUCUGCGAAACUCUGCGCGGACUACUUGCCCGGCGCACUGCGGUCCCGGGGCCUUGUCCUGCGUCGCGCCGCUCCUGCUCCGCGGGAAGGAGGAGGUGUGCGUAGAGUAUGCUCUCGCUACUCUCGCCGAGCGUUUCAUCAUGGAUCUCAGGGUGCGCGGCAAUCGACGAACGUGUGGGUCAAUGGUGGCUCUGAUCCAGUUGACCUAAUACGGGUUCAGGGUCAGUAUGCGCGGAGGUUCGCGACGGCAGUCCCGGGGAAGAGCGAAGCUUCUUCGAGUGCAGCUGGGCUGCCCGGGGGUCCAUUGGCCGAGUACGACAAACGGGUGCAAGAAGGUCAUUUGCGGGAUGAUCCUUAUCAGAGACAAAUCAUCGAAAAGCUGCAAGACCUCUACGAACGACUGGCAUCCUACCACCCGCCUGCGGUGAUCCACCCCAGCCCGGAGUCUCUCGAUCCCACGCCCAAGUCGUCUUCGUUCUUCGGCUCGCUCUUUGGGCGCAACAGCGGCACCACGAAGUCGGAAUUGACAAUUCCCGCAUCCCUUCCUAAAGGACUGUACAUGUAUGGCGACGUAGGGUGCGGCAAGACCAUGCUGAUGGAUCUGUUCUUCGAGGCGUUGCCGGCCAACAUUCGGGCGAAGAACCGUAUCCAUUUCCACAACUUCAUGCAGGAUGUGCAUAAGCGCAUGCAUGUGGUGAAGAUGAAGUACGGGCAUGACUUUGACGGGCUCCCGAUUGUGGCAGCGGACAUCGCAGCGCGGUCGAGUGUCUUGUGCUUUGAUGAGUUUCAGUGCACGGACGUGGCAGACGCGAUGAUUCUGCGGAGACUCAUUGAGCACCUCAUGUCGCACGGCGUGGUGAUCGUCACCACCUCCAACCGCCACCCGGACGAUCUCUACAAGAACGGCAUUCAGCGCGACUCCUUCAUCCCAUGCAUCAACCUCCUCAAGACCGCCCUGCAGGUUAUUAAUCUCAAUUCUCCGACCGACUACCGCAAGAUCCCCCGCCCUCCGGCCGCCGUGUACCACCACCCGCUCGGACCGGAGGCCGAUGCGCACGCGCAGAAGUGGUUUGAGUACCUUGGCGACUUCACCAACGAUCCCCCGCACCCGACGACGCAAGAAGUCUGGGGGCGCAAAAUCUCCGUGCCGCUGGCGAGCGGCAAGGCGGCGCGUUUCUCCUUCCAGCAGCUGAUCGGGUCCGCUACGGGGGCGGCGGACUACCUGGAGCUGGUGCGCAAUUACGAGGCGUUCAUCAUCACGGACGUGCCGGGAAUGAAUUUGAACCAGCGAGAUCUGGCCCGACGGUUUAUCACUUUUAUCGAUGCUGUUUACGAGAGUCGGGCCAAACUCGUCCUCACCACCGAAACUCCACUCACCAACCUCUUCCUCUCCGACGCAGACGUCCGAACCACCCUCACCGACCAAACGGGCGACGACCACUCCGACCUGUCGGAUGCGAUGCGCAUGAUGAUGGAUGAUCUGGGGCUGUCGAUGCAAGCCCUCAAAACCACAUCGAUCUUCUCGGGUGACGAGGAACGUUUCGCGUUCGCGCGUGCGUUGUCUCGUCUCACCGAGAUGGAGAGUAGGCAGUGGGUGGAGCGGGGGUUGCCUGGUUCUGCAUCCGGGCAGGGACAGAGUAGCGCAGAGGAUGCGAAGGAGAAGGCGAAGGAGAGAGAGGAGUUUUUGAAGGGGAGGGGAAGGUGGGCGGAGGAUAAUAUGUAAUCCUUGGCUGCCUCGGGUUUGUUUAGAAACUUUCUAGGGUACCCUGGGGGAUGGGAAGGGGCAAGCUGGAGGGACAGUUUGUGAGAAGGAUGUAGAUCUGCAUGAAUGUGUGGAUAGAGAGGGCACUUCGCUGUAAGUAUGGUGUU